UCGUUUUUUUUUUUUUUUGAAAUCGAACAUCAUCUUCCGAGUAAAAAAUCGGAAAAUAAAUGUGAUGUAAUUUUUGAAAAGUUUGUGUGUUCAAAACCGAAAAACAAACAAAUUGUUGUGAUUACUUGUGAUUCUUUGGUUUAAAUUCAUCUUUAAAGAUUCUUUUUUCUUCAACAACAACAAUGUCAUUAUCAAUCAUGUCAAUUCACGAAAAUUUUUGUGAUAAUUGUAAAGAAAUGAUUAUUCUACUUUCAAAAUAUGAUGAUGAUGAUGAUAAUUUUCAAACAUUCGAAUCAUUGGAUUCGAAUAAUUUUCUGGAUAGAGAUGCUUUAAAUUUAUUGAUAAAUUAUAUGAAUAAUUGGUCAACCAAACAUUGUGCAUGUUGUUAUAAAGAUCAGAAAAAUUUUCAACGUUUUGAUAAUCUUGUGCAAUCGAUUAUUAUCGAAUCAUUUGAAUUUUUAAACACUGUCAUCAUUAUCGACAACAAUAAAUCAUCCGAAAACGAAAACAUUCAAUCAUUUUUUGAUGAUUGGAAUGAUGAAGAUAAAGAAAGAUUAUUGUUAUUAUUGUCAAAGGUAUUUCAACUUUCAUUUCCACUAUAUGUUACAUAUAAACAUUCAAAUUAUACAAAAAAUGAUGAAUUAUCACCAAAAGAAUUGAAAAUCCUAGCAAAUUAUUGUGAUCUUAGUGAUUAUGAGAUGCCAAUAUAUUUAAUGAGAAAAAUUAUCUACUUUAUUGAACAUUCGGGAUUUAAAUUAUUUAUCGAUUGUUUUUCUAAAUCUGAUCCAAAUUAUUUAACAAUUUCAUUGGCCAAUUCAUUAAUAUCAACCAUACAAAGCCUUAAGUAUUAUUUUACAUUACCUUCUAUCAAUAAUGAACUAGUCACAUUACGUAUUGAAGUGAUAAAUUAUUUAUGUAAAAUUGGCGAUAAUGAUUUAAGAAAUUUAAAUAAUCGUGGAAUGUUUGAAUUUAUUUGGUCAGUGAUUAAGGAAUAUAAUUUUAAUAAUAAUUUUGGUCUUGAUUAUGAUGGUUUGAAAAUUGCACAUAAAUAUUUUCUAUCAUCAACAUUAACAAUGCGUUUGUCAGGUUUGGCUCAAAUUAAUAAUUGUAUUGCAAUUUAUAAUGAUCUUACACAUCCGGCAAUGAAUACAAAUCUAGAAAAUAUUCGUAAUGGUCUUAGCCAAUGGUUAAUUGAUAAUAAAAUUUUGGAAAAUAUUUAUGGGCCAAAUUCACAUGUAGAAGUGAUUAAACAAAGUCAUUUUAUUUUGAAUUUUCUGGCCAACAGACUUACUACUGAACAUUUAGAUCUUAUUUGGUGUGCUGCACAACUAAAACAUUAUGAACGUUAUGUUAUUGAUUUACUUUGUCAAUUGAUAAAAAAUCUUAAAAUCCAAAUUGUUUAUCAUCUUUAUAAUCAUUUAUGGAAAAUUAAACCAAAAGAUCAUUCCGAACAUACAUUGAAUCUAGCAUCACAUGUUAUAAAAUAUAUUUGGUUAUUUAAUGGUAUUCAACCUGAUAUGUUGACAAAUUGUUCAUAUUUAUCAAAUGAUAAAAUAAUGAUUGGUUUUGAUGAAAAUAUUUUGAAUAAAAAUUCAUUAAUGUCUUCAUUGUUUAAAGAACGAACCAACAAUAGUUCAUCGGCAAGUUCAAUCGAAGUUAGUGAUGAAGAUGAAGAAGAUGAAUUUGAUGUUAAUCUAAAUAGUCCAAGAUUGAUUGAACAUCAUAUGGAUAAAACAGCAACAACAACAACAACAAUUUCUCCGUUGGACAAUGUUGAUGAUGACGAUGAUGUCGAUGAUGAUGAUGAGGAUGGUGAUGAUGAUGGUAGUAAUCAAUCUUCAAAUAGUGAUGGAUCUGAUAUGGAAAUUCAACCGCAAGAAAAUCAUAUUGAUUUACAGAAAAAUAAUAAUGAUGAUUUUAAAUUGAAUGAUUUGGAUUGUCAAAUUCAACUAAAAGAAUAUAAUGAUGAUGAUCCACCAUUAUCAUCAUCAUCAUCAGCAAUCCAGUGGAAUGCCGGCAAAACAACGAUGAAUCCUUGUGAUGAUAAUGGUAAUGACAAUGGUAAAAUGAUGGAAAUUGAUCUAGAUUUAUUGGAUGAAGACACCGUUAAAAAUAAACAACAACAACAACAACAAGAUUUUCAAUUUCGUAUAUCAGAUGUUCAUAAACCUGGAAAUACAUUAUUAUAUGAUAUACUACAGGAUGAUAUACUGAAUUUACUAAAUGAAGAUUUAGCAAAUGCUGUUGAAAAAAUAUUCUGGAAUUUAUUAUGUUGUGCAAGUGAUCGUGAAAUACGUUUUAAAUUUAUUGCCGGUUGUUUGGAAAAUCUUUCGAAAAAUUAUUCCGUUAUAACAUCAUUACGUUUAUUACAGAAAUUAUUUUCAUCAUUUUAUCAAUAUCAAGAUGGAAAAUUGAUAAGAAAAAUUAUUCUCACGUGUGAAAAGGAGAAAAAUAUGUUGAAAUUAUUUUUCAAUAAUCUAAGUCUUUUUAUGUAUCAUUAUAAAUAUUCGAAUGAUAAUGAUGGACAUGAUGAAGAUCAAUUUCAACGAAAAUGGCUAAUGCUCAAAUCAAAAUUCUAUACACCAAAAGAAGAGAUACAAAUCCGAUUGAAUUUUCUUAGUUUUAUUUUCAUCAAUGCCGGUUCACAUGAAAUAUUGAAUUUUUCCCAAGAACAUGUUAAUAUUCUUUGGAAUGUUUUUACAAAAUGUGAAUCGAAUGAAAUUGUUGAUGAAUUUUUUGAUUGGCUAUUGAAUCAAGUAAAAUUGAAUAAUGGAUUGAAUAUUGAUAUUAUCAAACAUAUUUUGUUUGAAAAAAUGCCAUUUUUAAAACCAGAAUCAUUUUCAUUAAUAUCAUUGGAUUUAUUACAAAAUUUACAUGGUUUUAUUUUAUCGAAAAAUUGUGAAAAUCCUAAAACAUUUAGUAUUGUAGUGAAACUUCUGUGGGAUAUUGCAUUCAAAAAUCCAAAUCAAAAUGUUUCAAUGAAUGCUAGUCGUCAUCUGAAUAAUUAUUAUAUUAAUCUAUUAAGCUGUACAAAUCGUUUUGAUAAAGAAGAAGAAUUUAUUCGUUCUUGUAUUGGUUAUUUAAAAGAUGCAUCCAUUUUGUUACCAAUUUCUUGUCAACGAAGCCUGUUGAUUAUUGAAAGAGCAGUAAUAUUGUUGAAAACAUAUUUGGAAAUAUUUUAUGCAAGAUAUUCAUAUUUUUUUCGUACAUUAAAAUUAUCAUCAAAGUUUGAUCUGUCGAUGCAUCGUAUACCGGAUAAAUCUGAAUCAAUGAUUAAUAUAAUGGUCUGUUCACCAUUCAACGACCGGAAUACAUUUGAAUUUUCAUUAUUUGAUUAUAUUGGUGAUUUACGUGCUGAAGUUCAACAUUGGUGGCGUAUGCUUCGAAAAUCCAUUGAACCUGUUGCUAUGGAUGAUCAACUGAUAUGUCUUGUACUGAACGAUCAUGAAAUUUCAUUUGAUUGUGAUGAAAAACGACUACUGGAAUUGAAUUUUAAAGAUAAUCAAAUUAAUCAAAUUUCAUUUCAUAUUUGUAAACAUACGUUGGUGAAAUCAUCAAAUAUUGUUACAUUAUCAUUAUCAUCGGAAUUUUUUGAAGAAUUUAAACAAAAAAAUCCAAAAAAUCUUUUGAUUGAACCGAAUAAUUUCGAGCUGUUAUUUAUAUUGAUGCAACAAUUAGAUAUGAUUAAUGUAAAUAAUUUGAAAGCAAGAAUAUUGUCGAGAAAUAUUUGGGAAAUUGUACAAAUGUUACCAACACCGUACGAGAUGGUUCGGAAAUUUCAUCAAUUGGAAUCGAAAUAUUAUGCUGGUGAUGAUAAGGAAAAGUUUCCAACGAUUACUGAUGAGGAAAUCAGUCCGAUCAUUGAUUAUAAUGAUUUUUAUAAGGAAAUAUUUCCAUCAAAUUCAAAUCAAAAAUUAAUAUAUUCAUGUCAAUUGAUUGAAAAUUAUCGUAAAAUUAAUAAAGAUUGGCCACGGAUUUUCAUGGAAACCGGAGGGUUACGGUUUUUCUAUCGAACAUUUAUCGAUGUUGUUUGUACAUUAAAAAUGAAACGUGAUUGGACUGAAUGGAAACAAGAUUGCCUCACUUCGUUGAUACAAAUUCUUUAUCAAUUUACAAAAUUUUCAUCCAAAAUGGAUUCAAAUGAUCAAAUUUUUAAAUCCGAAUUGGAUAAACCUAGUGAUCAAACAAGUAUUGAAACAAGGAAAAAUAAACGUUUACGUAAAAAUUCAUUGGAAAAAAAUUCACUAAUGAAAUUUAGUCAGGAAAUUUUGGCCAUUAUUGAAGAUGAAGAAAAAUUAUUAGAUUCAUUUAUGAUAAUUUUGAAUAAUGUUUUUAUGAAUUCCAAACCAAUUUAUCAAACAUCAAUUUGGUCUCGUUCACAAGUUGUUUACAUUGCAUUAACAUUUUUCACUUCGUGGCUAUAUUCAGAUCCAAAUAUUUUCGAAAUGUUUUUGGAAUCAAAAAAUGCUCGAGAAAUUAUUAAAAAACUUUUGAUUGAUGAUGUUGAUCAUAUGGUACGAAAAGAAUCAAACAAUUCAUUUUCUCGAGUAUUUUUAAGCUUAAAUCCGGAAUUAUGUCGAAAAUUUCUACCAAAAUUUUUGAAAAUUUUAUUAAAUUUUCUAGAAGAAGCAUCAUUGGUUAAUAUACAAAGAAUUUCAUCAAGAUUUACUUUGGAUGAUAAGGAAAAUUAUUAUCCUGGGAAUAAAGAUUAUUUUCUAUUGGUUUGUCGUUUGAUUGAUCAUUUAUAUUCACAAAAAUCCACCAACAAUAUUAAUUCAAAAGAUACUGAUUUGGAUGCUGAAAAUCUUUCGAAACAGGUUGCAAAUCUUAUUGUAAAUCGUGAAAAUUUUGAAUCAAAUAAAAAUCAUCAUUCAGAAGAUGAAGGCCUGAAAGGUUUGUUUUUACUGCAAACAGUUUUAUUGAAAAAUAACCCGCAAGUAAAAUGUUGUCAAGAAAUGAAAGAAUUUAUAAUGAAAAUUUUUGAUUGUCUUUUUUCAUUACCAACAUUUAAUCAUCGUCAAUUACCUAAAUGUAAAAAUAUUCAUACACGUAAAACAGCAUUUGAUUUGUUAUUAGAACUGAUUAAAGGUAAUGAAGAUAAUUAUGUAAUUUUAACGAAUUUGCUUAUCGAUCAACAUCGUCAUGAAAUUAUUGGUCGUCAAACACCUUAUCCAUGGGAAUAUUGGCCACAGGAUGAAAGUCGUUCAGAUUUUGUUGGUCUAACUAAUCUUGGUGCAACAUGUUAUAUGGCAUCGUGUAUGCAACAUUUAUUCAUGUUACCUGAAGCACGUAAUACAAUAUUGACUUGUAAUUUAUCAACUGUAAUUAAACAUGAAUCCAUUCUACGUGAAUUACAAAAAAUGUUCAUUUUCCUACAGGAAUCUGAACGAAAAUCAUAUAAUCCGAAAAAUUUUUGUAAAGUUUAUACAAUGGAUCAUCAACCAUUAAAUAUUUGUGAACAAAAAGAUAUGACUGAAUUUUUUACCGAUCUAAUUACUAAAUUGGAAGAAAUGACUGCCGAUCUUAAAGAUAUGGUUAAAAAAUUGUUUAGUGGUUUACAAUCGAAUAAUGUUGUUUCGUUGGAUUGUCCACAUAUAAGUCAAACAAUGGAAGAAUUUUAUACAUUACGUUGUCAAGUUGCUGAUAUGCGUGAUCUAUAUGAAUCUCUAAAUGAAUUAACUGUUAAAGAUACACUUGAUGGUGAUAAUAUGUAUAAUUGUUCGGUUUGUGGUCGAAAAGUUCGUGCAGAAAAACGUGCCUGUAUAAAAAAAUUACCCAAAAUUCUUUGUUUUAAUACAAUGCGUUAUACAUUCAAUAUGAUUACAAUGACUAAGGAAAAAGUUAAUACACAUUUUUCAUUUCCAUUUACAUUGGAUAUGUCACCUUAUUUGGAAAAAAAUCUAUUGAACCUGCCGGAUGAAAAACAAUUUGAUAAUGAUGAUGACGAAAUACUAAUGAUGACUGAUGAAGAAGAAUCAAAUAAUAGUACAAAAUAUGAUUUAAUUGGUGUAACCGUACAUACAGGUACGGCUGAAGGUGGUCAUUAUUAUUGUUUUAUACAGGAUCGUGAUCCACAAAGUCCAACACGUAAUAAAUGGUUUCUAUUCAAUGAUGCAGAAGUGAAAUUAUUUGAUAAAUCACAAAUUGCAACGGAAUGUUUUGGUGGUGAAAUGACAAGUAAAACAUAUGAUAAAAUUAAUGAUAAAUUUUUAGAUUUUAGUUUUGAAAAAACAAAUUCUGCUUAUAUGUUAUUCUAUGAAAAAUGUGAUGAUAGAAAUUCAACAACAACAAUGAUUUCAACACCGACAACAACAACUUCAACAACAAUAGCAUCACCGACAACAACAUCGCCAAUAAUGACAUUUGAAAAUUUAUCCAAAGAAUUAAUCGAUUGGAUUUGGAGUGAUAAUUUAUCAUUCGUACGAGAUAAAUUGAUUUUUGAACAUACUUAUUUUGAUUUUAUAUGGAAAGUAGUAACACAAACACCAUAUACAUUUACUACCGGUAUUAUUACUACCACCACCACUUUAUCGAAUAAAUCAACAUUAAUUUCAAUACGUUUAGCAACAUUAUUCGUAUUGGAAACUUUGAUUCAUUCAAAAGAAAAACCAACCAUACCAAAUUGGAUUGAAUUAUUAAUUAAACAAUUUAAUAAUUCAAAAAAAGCAUGUGAAUGGAUUAUGAAUCAUCUGGCUGAAAAUGAUUGGUGGUCAAUGAAAAUUUUGUUUAAAUGUUCAAAUCAAACUGUACGGCAAAUAUUUGUACGUCUUUGUAUACAUGUUAUUCAGAAGCUAAAAUCCUCUUCAUCGAUUUAUAUGCAUUCACUAACUACCACCACCACCGCCACCAAUGUUGCAUUAUCAUCAAAUGAAGAUCUUGUUAUUCGUCCGUCGUCGGUUGAUCUACAUCUUAAUCAUUCGGUUAUAAAUUUUAUUAAACGUUUAAUUUCAUUAAUCAAUUCGGAUUUGAUAAUGUCUCGACCGAAUAUAAAAUAUCUUUCAGAAUAUUUUUCAUUUUUAUUGGAAUUUGCUAAACAAGGUGAUGAAGAAUAUCAGCUAUUAUUAUCGAUUGGAACCAUAUCUACGCUGAUAAAUUUUUAUCUAAAUCAUGGGAAAAUUGUUGGUGAUUUUCCCGAAUCAUUCCAAAGUAGUGAUAAUGAAGAUGAAGAUUUUGAUGAAAGAUCAACACAACAACAAACAUUUCGUCCAAUAUUGGAUGAAAAAUUUCCGAGGAUAGCAUCAUUAGAUAAAAUGCUUUCAUUAAUUGUUUACCUGUUGGAAAAAUCACAAAAUCGAACAUCAUCAUCACAUCAAUUUAUCAUAACAAAACAAGAUUUUGAUUCAUUAAUUAGUGAGAAAACAUUUCAAUUUUUACAACAACAAAUUCGUGAUAAUAUCAACUUACGGCAAACAUUCAAUCUAAUUUGUUCAAUAUGUAAUAUUGAUGAUAGUUUAUUUUCACCAAUAAUCAAUAUGAUAUUUUCAUCGAUAAUUCAAUUUCCUGAAACAAGUCAAAUGUUUUUUAAAAUAUUAUCAUUUAUAACUGAAUCUGCUUGGGUAUCGGCAUAUUUUUCCAAAUUAAUUCUGCCAAGAAUUUGGGAUCUAGCUGAACCAACAACGCUGCAAACAUUAGAAUGGUUAAUUCAACAUGUACCAAGGAAUAAAAUUCUACAUGAUCAUGUUCUCAACACAAUGGAUCAUUGGGUAUUAUAUUUUUUGAUUGAAAAUUCAAUACAAAGAGUUCGUUCAAGUACAGCACAAUUAUUAAUAUCAUUAGUACCAUCAAUGGAUGAUUCAUUUCGACAAAAUUAUCGUCCAUUUCGUUCAUUUCCAUAUACGAUCAAUAAGGAAAUUUUAUUGAAUAAAGAAAGUUUGGCCAUUAUUGAUCAACUAUUUAGCUAUUUGCUUGGAUUGAUUAAGAAGAUAAAAAUACUUACCGAAACACAACAACAACAAAAUCAACAGCAAAAAUUAACAAAUUAUUUCUAUGUUCUUACAUAUUUGAUGAUCAAUACGAAACAAAAACGUCUAUUCAUUACAUAUUUUAAUGAUUUUUGGAUAUUAUUUCAAACAAAAUUAUCCGAACCAGCAAUACCUAUUCAUCAGAAUAAGCAAGCAUUUUUAAUGUUUCUUUAUGUUUCAUGUAAUGAAUGUAAAGAUUCAAUCAAAUUGAUUGUACAGAAUGCAAAUGUUUAUAAAAAAAUUGCCCUUAAUUAUAUAUUGGCCGAUCAUGAUGAUCAAGAAGUAGUAAUGUUUAAUAAAAAUAUGUUACCAUAUUAUUAUGGUUUAUUACGUGUUUGUUGUGAAUAUUCACGUUCAUUCACUAGGUAUUUAGCAUUACAACAAAAUAUUCAAUGGGCAUUCAAAAAUAUAACACCAUAUUCAAAUCAUUAUUCAUUAGCAAUUAAUGAACUGUUCAAAUUAAUUCGAUUGUUUACAACUGUUUAUUCGGAUUCAAAUGAACAAGAAAUAAAUGAAGCAAUCAAUUUUAAACAAAUGACAUUAAAACUUUAUCUACAUACAUUGGAUCCAGAUGUACAUUGGAAUACAAUAAUAGCCGUAUUGAAUAUUCUUAUUGAAACAAAUGAUGAUUUAUUGUUUAUCAUACGAAACAAUGGUUUAUGUACUUUAUUUCAAUCAUUUUCAUCACUGCAUGUUAUGUUUCAUCAGGCAACUGCUUGCCAUAUUACUGCUGAAUUGAUUGAUUUAUUAAAAAUUAUAUCAUCAUUAUUAUCAACAUUUGAACGUGAAUUUGAUUCAUUACAAGAUUAUAAAACAAAUUUAAAAGCAUUUUUAGAUAUCAAAAAAUUUAUAUUCCUGCUGAACACUUAUACACCAUCAAAUCUUCGUCAAGCAUUAUUUGAAGUAUUGUUUAAAUUGAUCAAAGUUUUUCCAUAUGAUUAUUUGGUUUGUAUUGUAAAAUUUUUAUUAUUUCAACAUAAUAUAUUUGUUGAACAAAAUUUUCCAUUCAUUUCUGGUCCAUAUUUUCCAAAACGUGGACAAAAAUCAUUUCAAACAAAAUCCAGUUUACGACCUGCACGUCCAACAUUUCAAAUGUGUUUUAAUAUUACCAAUAUUGAUAAUCAUCAUCAUAAUCAUAAUAAUGAUAUUGAUCGUGAUUUUGAUUAUGACCGAAUGGUUUUUGAAUUUUAUCGUCCUUAUUAUACAUUCAUCGAUGAUGUUUGUCGUUUUGCAAUGAAAAAAGAUUUAAUUUUUGAAGAACUUGUCGAUCUGACUGUUAAAUUAGCAUUGGAAAGUUUAUAUUUUCGUAAUAAAUGCUUUAUAAUAUUAUGGCUUGAUUCUUGUGAAAAUCAAAAUAAUGAUAAUAACGAUGAUAAUGAUGGAGAUAAUGGUGGAUAUAAUUCACAUAGCAUAAUGGAUUUUCUUUCAACAAAUAAUUCAUUCUUUGAUUAUAUGAAAAUAAUUUUAUUGAAAGAAAAAAGUUGGUUGGAAGAUGAUGUUGUUUAUCGUUUUUUCAAAAUAUUUUUACCAAAGACAUCAUUAUCGUACACUGCCAAUGUUAUCAAGCAAAAUAUACUGCCAUCGAUUGAAAAUUUAUCAAGAAAUCCUAAUCUGAAAAAUUUAGAAAUUGUUCAACAAUUAAUAUGGAAUUUAUUGACAAUCAAAGUUUUUAUCGAAUCAAAUUCAAUUAUUAAUCAAGAUUUACCGGAAAAUUUUUCAACAAUUUUGAAUAAUUUGAAAAAAUUAUACUCUCCACUUGAGACUAAUGAACAUUGUGAAUCGGAAAAAACCGAUCAUGAAGAAAACAACAGCCAAGAAAGUAAAAAACCUAAACUAAUGUCAAAUGUUAAAAUUGAUGAAUCAUCAACAUCAAAAUUGAUUUGUGAUAGUAACCGUCAAUCAUCAUCUUCAUCGUCAUAUUUUAUCGAAAAUAUGACAAUGACCGAUUCGAUGACCCAAAAAAACUUUAUAAAUAAACUGAUGACAUUGAUACAUGAUAUUUGUGAAUUGUUAAAUAAUUGUUAAUCAUCACCCGUCAUCUGUCAUAAU